AUAGACGUGCUCACCAACCGAGGCUCUUCGCUGCUCUCUUGGUUUCGUUGGGAUCCAAGAAAGAGAGAGAGAGAGAGAGAGAUGGGGAGCGAUGCGAAGGUGUACACCUUGAAGGAAGUGUCGCAGCACAAUACCAACAAGGAUUGUUGGCUCGUCAUCGGCGGCAAGGUUUAUGAUGUAACAAAAUUCUUGGAAGAUCACCCUGGGGGAGACGAAGUUUUGUUGUCAUCAACUGGAAAGGAUGCUACAGAUGAUUUCGAAGAUGUGGGGCACAGUACGACUGCAAGGGCAAUGAUGGAUGAGUACUGUGUUGGGAAGAUAGAUACAUCAACAAUUCCCACCAAAGUCAAAUACACCCCUCCCAAGCAACCUCACUACAACCAGGACAAGACCUCUGACUUCAUCAUUAAGCUACUCCAGUUUUUGGUUCCAUUGGCUAUCUUGGGGGUGGCUGUUGCCAUCAGAGCCUACACAAAAUCAGCCUAGAUGUGUUGCCAAGUUAAAUAAACUAGCGAGAAGUUGGUAUUUGCAAUGUCUUACAUUACUGCAACUCUAGGAGACUAAAGUGUGUCUGUUAAGUCUCUGCUUGUGUCUCAUUUCUGGGGUUACUUCUCAUUUCUGGGUUACUUUUUUUCAUCUACUAUUCUUGUGAUACUGGAACAUAUACUCUUCUCCUUGGAUUCCUUUGAAUGUUUUCAAUUGUUGCCUUUUGAAAUGUUAUCUUCUUUAAAAA